AUUCCGAGGCCAACAAAGUGAACGUGACGUGGCUGAAACGUGUAGAGAGGAAUCGUCGCAGUCAAUUGACUGUUGUACCUGUGUGACCAGGCUGAAAUGACAGUGCUCUGUGUUGGUGUCCCGUUACACAUGUGGCUGAGUAGACUAUAUAAGCAGCGCAAUGCAAACCAGUCGUAUAAAUCAGUGUGUGCUGCUGUCUACCCCUGCAGAAUUGUUUGAGGAGCGAGAUAGGCUGCUGCAGAUUUCAUUCCUUCGAAUUAUUUGAAAAAGCAAAACAUAUUUUUUUAGCAAUAAUGGGUGUUAUGGUUUCACAACUCUUCUCUCGUUUCUUCGAGAAAAAACAGAUGAGAAUUCUAAUGGUUGGGUUAGAUGCUGCAGGGAAGACCACUGUCCUGUACAAACUAAAACUUGGAGAAGUUGUCACCACUAUCCCCACUAUUGGGUUCAAUGUGGAGACGGUUGAGUACAAGAACAUCAGCUUCACGGUGUGGGAUGUAGGUGGUCAGCACGUCAUCAGACCUCUGUGGAAGCAUUACUACCAGAACACGCAGGGUCUUAUAUUUGUGGUAGACAGCAACGAUCCUGAGAGGAUAAAUGAUGCUACAGAGGAACUACAGAACAUGCUUGAAGAGGACCAAUUGAGAGAUGUAGUUCUGCUGGUGUUUGCCAACAAACAGGACCUUCCCAACGCCAUGUCUGUCAGUGACAUCACAAAUAAACUGGGACUGAGGAAACUUCAACUGAAUACUCCUUGGUUUGUCCAGGCUACCUGUGCGACCCAGGGUUCAGGCCUGUUGGAAGGACUGGACUGGUUGGCUGACCAGCUUUCCAAGCGCUAACUAGCUGAGUUGGCUCUGUAGCGAUGUUACCCCUAGGUACAGGUCUAGGAUCAGCUUCCCCUC